UUACUUUCACAAUAACACAAACGCUUCUCUACCUAAACAAAAUAGUAUACCAAAAUACUCUUUCUUCUUCAUUUCUUCUCUAUCUUCCAAUUUUCAAUGAAUUUAAGUUAUAUAUACUAAAUUUCCCUUCUUCUCCACUAUCUUCACAUUCUUACUGCAAGAUAUGUGACAAAUCAUUAGUUGACUAGUACCAAAUCAAGAGAUUAUACUUUGAAUCGUUACAAAAAUUUUUUUAAUUAAGUCAUUUUACAGCCUCAUCAAGUUUAAGAACAAAUGGAUAGCGAAUCAAUGAAAUCGUGCAGUUGAUUCUAUAGAUGCUCUCAAGAACAUCACCAACAAAAUACUAUCAUAUCGACUGGGAGAACAACUGUUGGAGAUUUUUGAAAAAAUGUCGGAACUAAGACCUCAGUAUUUUCAACUUGUCAAGUCAAAAUUCUUCUACUUGUGUUCUUUCAUUCUCUCUCACCCUCUCUACUUUUGCUACUUCAUUUUCUUCUCCCCUUACCUUCUUAAACUCCUUUCAUUCCUUUCUCCUCUCUUCGUCACAACUACACUUUUUCUCCUUGCCCUUCUUACCAUCUCUCCAACUCUCAUUCUCCAUGAUAAAUCGAAAGAGCUAACACGAAAGGAUGAUGAACUCAAUGAGCUAGAAGAAUUUGAAGCAUACAAGAUAGUGUUUGGCGCGUCCAAAAAUGAUGAUCACGACAAUGCUGUUGACUUCUUGGACUAUACAUCAGCUGAGGAAAGUGAAUCCCCUAUUCCUGAGGGAGAAAAUUCGGCUGAAAUGGAGAGUACUAAGCAUGUUAUAGAGGAGAAGACAUUGGAAAAUUUCUUCAAAGAGUUGGAUGAAUUUGAAAACACCAACUUGACUCAUAAUGUGGAAGUGAAGAAAGUUGAUAAAAUCAUUGAAAAACAAAAGGAAGAUGCACUUGUGAGAAAUGGACUUAGCAAGAAUCUUGAAAAUGUGAGCAAGAAUAUUGAACAUGUAGGAAGUAUUGGUUAUGGAUCAAUGAGGAAAGAAAAAGAGUGGAAAAGGACAUUGGCAUGCAAACUUUUUGAGGAAAGGAACAAUGUUAGUCAUAGCAACAACGAAGGAAUGGACAUGUUGUGGGAAAAAUAUGAAAUGGACACCAUAAAAAACAAGUCAAAAAGGGAUUUAAAGAAGAUGAAAAAGAAGGGAUGUGAAAAAGAACAUGAUGAAGAUGAAGAAGAGAUGGAUGAUCAACAACUUUGUUGUUUACAAGCCUUCAAGUUUUCAGCAGGAAAGAUGAAUUUAGGCAUGGGAAGGCCUAAUCUUGUCAAGAUUUCAAAGGCAUUUAAAGGUUUUGGAUGGCUACAUCAUGUAGGCAAGAGUAACAAGAAGGUACAUUGUGGUGAUGGGUUCUAGUUAGAUUAUGUAUUUUGAAGAUUCAUCGUAAAUUGGCUAGCUUUGCGCGUAUGUGGACUUGGAAAGAUGUCAUGAGCAAACUCACAUAGGCGGAGUUUAUGGUGAACAAUGUUUCUAGUAUUAAAUAUGCUUUGAAGAACUUUACACUACUUGUCAAGUAGAUACUUUGUACUAGAGUUAGUGAUAUGGACUACGUACACUUUACCAUCCAAACCCCCUCACCCCCACCCCACCCUCCAGACCCUACACUGGGUAUGUUGUUAUCGUUGUCGAGUAGAUACUUCUUGUGUUAGUCAUAUCAUAUUCUAGCAUAGUACUGCAAUUGGAUCAACUGUUGCAUUCUCCAUGAUAGUGUGCUUUUGUAAGCCCAGAUUUUAUUUACGGUCUUCCUUUUUCUUAA